AUGGGCGGCCGGUACAACAACAAGAAGCGCAAGGGCGGCGGCGGCGACGACCGCAUCCUCAAGCGCGACUUCAAGAAGGGCAAGCGCGAGAACGUCUGGGAUCCCAAGAAAUCGCGCGUUCCCGACGCGAAGGGCGAAUACAAGCCGUACUGCAAGGAGAACGAGAAGUUCGAGGAGUACUACAAGGGCCAGAGGAUCGUCCCCGAGGAUGAGUGGGACGCGUUCAUGGAGUCCCUUCGCACCCCGCUCCCAACCUCCUUCCGCAUCAACGGCACCGGCAAGUUCGCGCUGGACAUCAGGGACCAGAUCGAGAACAAGCUCUUCGCCAAGGUGAACGAGGGCGACCAGUCCAUCGACGAGGAGGGGAACGUCGUCGAACCCCCGCGGGCCGUCCGAUGGUACCCGGACCGACUCGCGUGGCAGUUCAACUACAGCAGGCAGCAGCUGAGGCGCCUCCCGUUCUUGGAGUCCAUCCACGACUUUGUCAAGCGCGCGAACGAGUACGGAUCCAUCACGCGGCAGGAGACGGUGUCCAUGAUUCCGGCGUUCUUCCUGAACAUCACCCCGGACCACAGGGUGCUGGACAUGUGCGCCGCGCCCGGGAGCAAGACGUUCCAGCUGCUGGAGAUGCUCCACGGCUCCUUGGGCGAGGAGAAGGAGAAGCUUCCCACCGGCUUUGUCAUCGCAAACGACGUGGAUCUCAAGCGGUGCAACCUGUUGACGCACCAGACCAAGCGAGCCAACUCCCCGGGCCUGCUCGUCACCAACCACGAGGCGCAGCACUUCCCCGAUAUCGUGUCCAGGGGCGGGAGGACGUUCCAGUUCGAUGCUAUCCUGUGCGACGUGCCCUGCUCCGGUGACGGCACCAUGCGCAAGGCUCCCGACAUCUGGCCCAGGUGGAGCGUCGGCAACGGCAACGGCCUCCACCCCCUGCAACUCAAGAUCGCCGUCCGCGCGGCUCAGCUGCUCAAGAUCGGCGGUAGGCUGGUAUACAGCACGUGCACCUUCAACCCCAUCGAGGACGAGGCCGUCGUCGCUGCGCUUCUCCAGCAGAGUGAGGGAUCGCUCAAGCUCCUCGACAUGUCCGACCAGCUCCCCAAGCUCGUCCGCAGUCCAGGCAUCCACACCUGGGAGGUUCACACCAAGGCGGGCAAGGCCAACUCCUUCGAGGAGGCCCAGGAGGUCGCCAAGGUGCACCCCACCAUGUUCCCCGACCCGAGCUACGCGAAGCUCCCGCUCGAGCGGUGCAUGAGGAUCCUACCCCACCAGGACGACACCGGCGGGUUCUUCAUCGCGGUGUUCGAGAAGGUGGCCGAGAUGCCCGCGUCGCUCAACCCGGGGCCCAAGAAACUGAAGGGCCCGAUCACGAUCAAGACGGACCUUAACGUCGUGAAGGACAGCGUCAAGGUUGAGCUCACCCUGGUCAACACCCACGAGCUGAGGGCCGAGCGCGAGGCUAUCGCGGCGAACGGCGGCGCCCCGUUGGAGCCCGAGGCGGAGCUGCUCCUGACCGAGGUGCGCGGUGGCGGCACCAGGAACAGGCAGGGCGGCGGCUCCCAGUUCGGCGGCCUCGACCCAAUCCUCCCCGUCUCCGAUACGAAGGUGAUUCAUAGCAUCAGGGACACCUACGGCAUCGACCUCGCCAAGCUCCCGCUGGAUAAGAACGCGGUGACGCGCACCGCGGAUAACACCCGCCCCAAGCGAAUCUACGCGCUCACCGACGGCUUGCGCGAGUACCUGGCCGCCGACCACAGGGAGCAGCUCAAGGUGAUCGCCGCGGGUUUGAAGGUUUUCGAGAGGCAGGAGCACAAGGACGCGACGGCAUCCGAGGGCGCGUGCGACUACAGGCUGGUGCAGGACGGCUUGCACGUGAUGCUCCCGUUUGUGAACCGGCAGAUCAUCCACCCGACGAUUGACGAGCUCAGGCUGAUUCUCCAGAGGAGGAGCCUCCAGCUCCCGGGCGCGGAGGACCCGGAGAAGCCCGACAGGGCCAAGUUCAUGGACGACGCGACGAAGGCGGAGGUGAACGCGGCGGUGAGCGGCUCGUGCGUGUUUGUGCCGAGGAUAUCAGCGGCGGAUGCGAGCGCGUUGCCCGCGGGGUGCUCGCCGGAGGAGAUCGCCAUCGCGUGCUGGAAGGGGAAGAGCAGCGUGAACCUGCUGGUGAGCAAGGUGGAGACGGAUCAUCUGCUGGAAAAACUCGGGAUGGACGUGAACAAGAACGGCCCCAAGGGUGGCGGCAUGGACACAACCAGCCAGACGCGCAAAACGAGACUGGCGACACCCCGACCCUGGAGCGAGGGAGCGAGGGCGGAGGGGGCGCUCGCGUCGCUCGCGGGCAUCGCGGCCGUGGCGGAGGAGGGCACGGGGCUGGACGACGCCGCCAAGCGUGAAGCGCCCGCCGCCGCCGCGCAGAUGCAUAUGCCUCCGGGCUACCCCGGCAUGCCGCCCUUCUUCGGCAUGCCCCCCAACCCCGCCGCGGCCGCGGCGGCGGCGGCGGCGGCGGGGAUGCCCUUCCCGCCGUUUCCGUUUCCGCCGAUUGGCCAGCCGGGCGACGGGACCAACCCCCCGCCGAUGAACCCCUUCCCGCCGUGCCCCCCGGGCGUUGACCCGAUGCUCUACGCGCAGCACAUGGGCGCGGCGGCGUCCGCGGCGGCUGUCUCCGCGUCCGCCGCGGGUCCCCUCGGCUCGAGCGCGGCGGCGGCUGAGUUUGUCUCCAAGUUUUACAGCGUGCUCCAGGGCGCGGUGCAGCACCAGCAGGAGACGUUUGGGAGGGUUGGCGCCGCGUCCACCUCGGCGGAACGACGCGCCGAGGCAAUCGCCCGCUUCCUCAAGAAGCGUAAGGAGCGCAACUUUGAGAAGAAGGUGAGGUACGCCAGCCGCAAGAGGCUGGCGGAGGCGAGGCCGCGAGUCCGGGGUCAGUUUGUCAGGCUCAAGGAGGGCGAGGAGGUGGAUGACCACGACGAGCACGAGGCUGAGGAGAAGCAGGGCAGCGGCGGCGACGACGUCAGCCACGAGGGCGAGGAUGGCAGCGGCGGGGGGAGCAACAACGGGGGCAGCGGCAGCGGCUCCAAGGAAAACUCCGCGUCCCCGACCCGUCACGCCUCCACCCAGGACGAGGACUGA